AUGCAGACUCAGCCACCAUUCUUUAGUCUACCUGCCGAAAUACGCGACCGUAUCUAUGAGAUUUAUCUCGCAGUCGACCAUACGGAUUUCGAGUAUUCAUUACGGCCUCAGCUUCUUUACUUGGCGGAUACGCCGUAUGUUCGUCCCCUCCCAGCAUUGAUGCUUACCUGCAAAAGUCUAUACCGGGACCUCUCCCCUAUAGUCCAUAAGCAAGCCGUCUUGCGCGUCGACGUUAGCGGUCGGAUUGAUCGUCGAGUUGGAUUCGCCGUUCAUGGGACUCUGCGGUUCAACCGGCUGGAUAAGCUCUUGGUCGUCAUAGCCACGGAUUAUCCAAAUUGGAACAGUUGGCUAUCAUUCUUUGGGGAGGUCACCAAACGUGCCGAAAAUCUGGAGACUUUGGUCUUUGAUUGGGCGCCUAGAACAGUCAGCUCUAGCGGUUGGGAGGGGCGCGGGAAUACCCGUAAGGAGAAGGAGUUUUUGAAGAUAAUUGGGAGCCUUCCGAAACUCCGAUUAAUACAAAUAUAUGGCAAUGUCUCAUCUGAAUGGACGAACCAACUCGAAAAGAAGGUGCCACAUGCGCAAGUGGUGCGCCAUAGCUUCCGGUGGUGGAGAGAACCUGGGUUAGAUUAA